AUGGGGGCAUGUGUGUCAACGACUCAAGGGUGUGUGGGAGGGAGGUUGAGCUUCUCCAAGAAGAAGUUUCGGAAGAGGAAGAGAUAUGGACUCAGAAGAAGAGUGUAUUCUCGGUUUUCCAAGGGAUCAUUGGACAAGGUUGAUAUGCUUGGCUUGCCUGAUAGCUCCUUUGUCAACCCCAUUAUCCAAGGAACUAUUGAAGAGGCAUGGUUUGAUUCAGCUACGGUAUUUGACUCUGACUGUGACGAUGACUACCUUAGUGUUCCUGAUGAUGUGGUAUCUCUGAAUGGGAUUGAAGCCAACCGCGGAGUUUCAACCGAUCAGGUGCAUAAACCAGGGGAGUUAUCAACUGGAUAUUCUGUACAUAUCUCCGAGGCUAUCAGAAUUUCGGAUGCUGAAUUUUUUGAUCUCGAUGUCAUGGAUUCUCAAUGUAAAUGUGAUGGAAGUGUAAAUGAAGUAAAUGAACCUGUUUUUCUUGAUGAAUUUUCCAUAGUUGGAGCAAGCUCCGACAAAGAUGAUGGACUUUUGGACAACUGUGGGAUUCUUCCAAACAAUUGUUUGCCAUGUCUUGCAUCUACCCUUCCUUCUAGUGAAAAAAGGAGAUCAAGUUCUAGUCCUUAUAAUUCAAGGAAGAAGGCUCCUCCGAAACUUUCCUUUAAAUUUUCCUCAAAGACGCUUCUACAUAGACCAAUUGCUGGUUCCCAGGUACCCUUUUGUCCAAGCGAGAAGAAAAUGCUUGAUUGUUGGUCAUACAUUGAUCCAAGCACUUUUAAAGUUCGAGGAGUAAAUUAUUUUAAGGACAAGAAAAAAGACUUUGCUGCAAACUGUUCUGCAUACUACCCAAUUGGUGUGGAUGUAUUCUUAUCUCCACAAAAAGUAGACCAUAUAGCUCGGUUUGUGGAACUUCCGGUUAUUAGUUCUUCUGGGAAACUUCCAUCCAUACUUGUUGUAAAUGUUCAGAUUCCGCUUUACCCUGCCACACUAUUUCAAGGUGAAACUGAUGGGGAAGGAAUGAGUUUUGUGUUGUACUUUAAACUUUCUGAAAGUUACUCCAAGGAACUUCCACUGCAUUUUCAAGAAAACGUGAGAAGAUUGAUGGAUGAUGAUGUUGAGAAGGUAAAGGGUUUUCCUGUAGAUACAGUUGUACCCUUUCGGGAAAGGUUGAAAAUAUUGGGCCGUGUUGUCAACCUUGAAGAUCUUCAUUUGAGUGCAGCAGAACGGAAGCUUAUGCAGGCUUACAAUGAGAAACCUGUUCUUUCGCGGCCGCAACAUGAAUUUUACUCAGGAGAAAAUUACUUUGAGAUUGAUUUGGAUAUGCAUAGAUUCAGUUAUAUCUCAAGGAAAGGUUUUGAAGCUUUUCUAGAAAGAUUAAAGAUUUGCGUUCUAGAUGUUGGCCUCACUAUUCAGGGGAACAAAGCAGAGGAGCUUCCAGAGCAGAUUUUAUGUUGCAUUAGGCUAAACGGCAUUGAUUACAUGAAUUACCAGCAACUGGGGCUAACUCAUGGUCCCCUUUAA